GGGUGUCAGCAGCAAGUGCAAGUGUGGUGGCGUGAUGUACCGUCAACCUUGACCGGAAAAAUGCAAAAUAAAUGCACUAAUAGAGGUACACUCGGUCGUACCAGCUCUUUGUAAGACGGUGCCGGUGUUAAGGACGGGUGGACCUCGUUUGUGGAAAGGAUGUGUUCCAGAAAAAACCACCAAAGUGCACACCAACGUCCAGCACCACGCGAUACAACGUGCCGUCCGUGUUAGCUUGUUUUUGAAUCCUUUAGCUCGAGAAGUCAGUAAGCAGCGCGGUGCGGAUUGAUGGUGUUUUAAAGCGUCACACGCCAGUGAGAACGAAUAAGUUUAAGCGUAGUGUGCGAUAAAGCACGCUUUGAAGAGUGGACUUAUAGUGAGUUUUUUAAACAAACUUUGAGGAAUAUUCGACUUGAGCUAUUGGUUGAAUGUCAACCAUUGCCAUCGCAAGCUGCGAGUCACGAAAUGAUUUGGAAAAGGUUUGGAAUGUGCCAACGAAUGUUUCUGCUAGCUUUAGGAACGCUAGCAAUGCUUCAUCCUGCAAGUGGUGAAACCAUUGCGAUCGAGCAGAUCCUUUCGCUGUGCUGCCAGCAGGGCGAGGCUUGGGGAUCGCAGAGCCGGACAUGCUCGAGCUACAACGAAUCGCUGGAGCUGGUACCGGCCGGCCUGCACGGCCUGUGCCUUUCGACCAUCGAAAUAUGCUGCUCGAAGCAGCACAAAAUUUACCAGUGUAAGGCCGGUCAUAUAGCUGCCCGGCAGGGUCGCAGCUGUUCCCCGAAAGGUGACCAGUCCGGGUCGGAAUUUUACACGGAUUGCUGCGAGGCGUGCAAAAUAGGGCUGGUGGUCGGCUCGAGCGCCAACAAGUGCUCGGUGGAACCGUUCGCCUUCGGCAGUCCCUGGGACGAAAUCUAUGACGAUUGCUGCGAGAACGAAAUCAGGAAAAAAGUUGGACACGAUGAGCUGGGCUUGUGUGAGCAGUUCCCGUCAGUCUGCUCGCAGGUGUGCGAGAACUUGGAGGACGGUGCGUAUGUGUGCAAGUGUCAUCCAGGAUUCGAGCUGAUGGACGACAGCAAAACCUGUGCACCGGUUUCGGACGAGGAUAAUGAAGCGAUCGAGCGGAAGGACACAUUCGCCUGUGGCAAAGGACUCAAGUACAACAAGCACACGGACGAGUGUGAGGACGUGAACGAAUGUGAAACCGGUGAGGCCACAUGCAAUCCGGCGAAUCAAGUUUGUCGUAAUACGCGCGGCGGCUUCAUAUGCGUGGAUAUCGUGCUUCCGGACAUUGCCUGCGAUGCGGGGUACGAGCCGAAGAAUGGCAAAUGCGAAGAUGUUAACGAAUGCUUAGAGCGGCUCGAUGCUUGCGACCGGGAAAGGGAACACUGUCUCAACGGACGUGGUAACUACUCCUGUCUGCCGAAGGCCGUCACCAUGUGUCAACCGGGCUUUGCUUACAACGUGAGCUUGGGCGUGUGCGAAGACAUCAACGAGUGCGAGGAGGACGGUGCCUGCGACGAAGGAUACCGUUGCGACAACAUUGACGGCUCUUACGAGUGUAUUGCGGUGGUGAAGAUUUAUCCAACUCAGCCGAGGAAAAAGGUGGACGCGUGUACACCCGGUUUCCGACGACAUAAUGAUCAGUGCGUGGAUAUUGAUGAGUGUGCCGCCGAUAAGAAUGCCUGCGACAGUAAUCAGGUGUGCACGAACGAGAUCGGUGGAUUCAGGUGUGAUUGUAAAAUUGGAUUCAAUCUCGAUACGAUUACGAACGCGUGCGUCGACAUCAACGAGUGUCAGGUGAACGCCCACGAGUGUCUGGAGACGCAGCGCUGCGAUAAUACGAUCGGUUCCUACACGUGCAUCCGGCUGCAAAGCUGUGGCACCGGUUACACUCUCAACGCCGAAACGGGUCACUGUGAUGAUGAUGACGAGUGUGCUCUCGGACGUCACAAUUGUCUGCCACCGAACGAAUGCUUCAACACGAAGGGCUCGUUCCGGUGUCGUAUUCCGCACCGACAUUACUUGCAGUCCAGUACGUCUACAUCGACUAGCACUACGACGACCACGACCACCGUACGGCCCCAACGGUACAAUCCCGGGUACAGCAACUAUCCAACGUCACGCUACUCGUCGUACCAGCCGUAUCUACCACCGUGCGGAAUCGGGUUCGAGCGGAACAGUUUGGGAGCGUGUGUCGAUAUUGAUGAAUGUUCGCGGGGUGCUAGUUGUCAUCGGCAUCAGCAGUGCAUCAAUACGAAUGGAUCGUAUCGCUGCCGCGAUCUUUUAUCCUGCCCCGCUGGAUACCGUGUUAAUGAUGACAUUACGGAGUGUUUAGAUAUCGACGAAUGUGCUACCGGUGAGGCAGUCUGUGGUCCGGAGCAAACGUGCAGCAAUCGGAAGGGAGGGUAUGUUUGCGUGUGUCCACCGGGGCAUAAGCUCGGUCGGAACAAGCGCUGCGAGGACAUUGACGAGUGUGCAAUGCAUGGGUCGAAGGCUUGUCAGCAAAAUUCCAACUGUAUUAAUACGAUCGGAUCGUACCGGUGCGAUUGUAAGGAGGGGUUCAAAAAUGGACCCAAUGAGAUGAUCUGCACGGAUGUGGACGAGUGCAAGGAAAUUCCUGGGCUGUGUCAUCAGAGGUGUUUGAACUACUGGGGGUCGUACCGGUGCGGCUGUCAUCCGGGCUAUCGGCUAGGCUACAACAAUCGUACCUGUGACGAUGUGGAUGAGUGCGAGGAGUACAAGUCGGCUAAUUUGUGUGUGGGCAUAUGCGAGAAUACGCCGGGAUCGUAUGCUUGUCGUUGUCCGCAUGGCUACAAGUUGGGAGCGGAUGGACGAAGUUGCAUAGAUAUUGACGAAUGUCAGGUGGGAGAUGUGUGCAAUAGACGUCACGAUAUUUGCACCAACAUCGGCGGAAGCUAUCGGUGUACGACGAUCGAAUGUCCCUUUGGCUAUCGACACGAUGUGGAUCGUCGAAACCGUUGCGAGCGAAUCAGCCGUUACUGUAAUACCGGUGAUAUGGAAUGCAUUCGGCGACCUCACUCGUACUCGUACAACUUCUUAACGAUCGUGUCCAACAUUCUGCUACCACCGGAGGGCCGUGGGCUAUUCACGCUGGCCGGUCCGUCCCAUUACCAAAUGAUCGAUUUUGAUCUGAAGCUAGUUUCCGUCGAUGCAGCACCACAUGUGAAACCAGUAGAUAUUCAUUACUUCGGGUUGGAGAAAAGAACGAACGAGGCGCAGCUGAAUUUGCGUAAGAGCAUCGAGGGACCGCAGGACAUUGAGCUGGAGCUGAGCAUGAGCGUGUUCCAGAAUGGGGAACUGUACGGCACUAAUGUGGCCAAGCUGUUCCUGAUGAUAUCGGCGUAUGAAUAUUAAACCACGCACGGCAAGCGUUACGAUUGAGCGGGUGACAAGCACCAAACCCAGCAGUGGUUUCAUCUUACAUUCUUACUUUAACAUUCAGCUACCAGUGCUUCUUCGUGUCCUUUGUGGGACGAGCGUAGGACACGUUUUGUAUCCCUAAAAGAUUGCGUUUAGUACAGGAGUAUGGUUAUGAAAUAAAUAAAUCUGAACUUCUCCAUAAAUUUUUGACCUUUA